ACUCUUCCAUCGCGUCUUUUCUUCUUCUUCCCCUUCCUCCUCUUUUUCUUCAUCUUCGUCGGGAAAUUAAAGGAGAGAUUUUUACUGAUUUGUUCCGCGCAGACAUCAAUCUCUUCCUCUUUGUUGAUUGAGUUGAUCGGUUUAGUGCUCUUCGUUGUGUUUUUUUUUUUACCUUUGAUAAGAUCAAUUCGUUCAUGAAGAGGUUCAGAGGAUUCAGGGUGGGGCGGCGGCUCGCCGGGUUGUGGAGCCGCGUCGCCGGCCGCUGUCCCCGCCGGCGUCCCACUAGCUACGUCCGCCUCGAGCCGGACGGAGAGCCCGACCUUUUCGAGCUCUCGUGGGCGGCCAAGUUCCUUUGCUGGGGCCGCCUCCUCCUCCCCCGCUGCCUGCGCCUCGGCGACGCGGGAGGAGCAGGAACCGCCGGCGGGAGGAGGAGGACGCUCGCGGAGUCGCCUGCUCGAGAGGGCCAAGCGGAUGGCAAAGGACCGGGGUUUCGACCGCCGCCGAGAGGGCACCUGGCGGUGUACGUCGGGUGCGAAGGGGAUGGCGCGCCGCCCCGGCGGCGGUACACCGUGCCCGUCAUUUACUUCAACCAUCCUCUGUUCGCGGAGCUGCUCCGGGAGGCGCAGGAGGAGUUCGGCUUCCACCACCCCGGCGGAAUCACCAUCCCUUGCCCCGCCGCCGAGUUCGAGCGCGUCCGAAGGAUCAUCGCCGCCGCCGCCGCUAAAAACGACCAUGAGAAGCUCCUCCGUAGGAGCAUCUCCGCUCCUCUCUAAAUUCUCACUCUAAUAAAUACUUUAGAUCGACCAUUUGUCUCUUACUUCUCCAUCAAUCUGCCAAAAGCUCAAUCUUCACCUUUUUCUUUUUUUUUUCCGUGAAAUAAUUUCACAGAUAAAAUAAAAAUAAAAGACGAGGUCAAAAAGAACCCCAGAACCCUGUAUUUCAACCCGCAAUUGAAACCUUCCAAACCACAAAUAACCCUAAACCCCAAAGCGGCGGAAACCACCGCAGUGGUAGGUUUUGCUGCCGAAUAGGACAGCCAAUAAAGUUGUGGUUAUAAUAAUUAAUUGCAGGAAAAAUCGUCUAGUCCGUAA